CUGAGCAAUCAGGUAGCAGGAUACUGGCUGGUGAGUGUGCGGAGGAAGACAGGAGUGAAAGUGCCGUCUCACCGCCGGAGUCCGCAGAGCGCUGUCAGACAUGAGUUCUAUUGGGACCGGGUAUGAUCUGUCGGCUUCUACAUUCUCACCGGAUGGCAGAGUCUUCCAGGUUGAAUAUGCAAUGAAAGCAGUGGAAAACAGUAGCACGGCCAUUGCCAUCAGAUGUAAGGAUGGCGUUGUGUUUGGCGUAGAGAAGCUUGUGUUAUCGAAACUGUAUGAAGAAGGUUCUAACAAGCGCAUCUUCAAUGUGGAUCGGCACGUGGGCAUGGCUGUUGCUGGACUCUUGGCAGAUGCUCGGUCCUUGGCAGACAUUGCUCGAGAGGAAGCUUCCAACUUUAGAUCAAACUAUGGUUAUGACGUUCCACUGAAGCAUCUUGCUGACAGAGUGUCUAUGUACGUACAUGCCUAUACGCUAUACAGUGCUGUUAGACCUUUUGGAUGCGGCUUUAUGUUGGGAUCUUACAAUGAAGAUGAUGGGUCACAGCUAUACAUGGUCGACCCAUCUGGUAUAGCCUAUGGUUAUUGGGGAUGUUCCAUUGGGAAAGCCAAGCAGGCAGCCAAGACGGAGAUUGAAAAACUCCAGAUGAAGGAAAUGACCUGUAAGGAAGUGGUGAAAGAAGUAGCAAAAAUAAUCUAUAUUGUCCAUGAUGAAGUAAAAGAUAAAGCCUUUGAACUGGAGCUGAGUUGGGUUGGAGAAAUAACUAAAGGAAGACAUGAAAUUGUACCAAAAGAGAUCAGAGAAGAAGCAGAGAAAUAUGCAAAGGAAUCUUUAGAAGAAGAGGACGACUCCGAUGAUGACAACAUGUAAUUUAACUUUUGUUUCUGCUCUUAUCACCAUUUUUAUAUGUAUGGACCUGAAUCAAACAUGUGGAAACCGGCAUUAAACCACUGUUUACACA